GGGAAACACAGACCUCAAUUCCCCAAGAUGGCGACUCUGACAGUGAGCCGGCCGCCGUUCAGCGGUUUCAGUUUCGACAACUGUAAGAGGUAGGUGCCUUUUACUGGGAAUAAACUACGCUAGAUAAAGGACAAUAUUAAAAUUAAACAUGUGUUUAGCAUUUCUGGGAAGACUGAGUGUACAAUAGAGGAGUUUUUACUUCGUGUUCUCAGUGAUGCUAACUCAUGUUCAGUCCAUACAAUGACUAAGGCUUUUCCUCCGCUAGCAUUAAUGUUAACUCUCUGAAAUAAUCGAUCCUAACAAAGUUCAGUAGUUUAAUAAAUUUCACUUGUGUAUUCGAGUAACACAACAAAAACAUAUUUGGCAAACGGGGUUUUUUUUAUUGAAAAUUACAAGAUGUCCUAUUUCUUGUGUGGAUAAUCCAGCCCGCUGUCUGAGUUAGCAGAGUAUCAGUCAGUACUGCUGAGAUAAAGACAGGUUAUCGAGGAAAAAGCUGAAAAAAUAGGUGUAUUACAAUUUUAAAAUUGGUUAAAAACAGCACCAUGAAAAGGUUUGUAAAAAUGAGUUUAUGUUUUAUAUAAGUAAGUGUACAUGUUGUAAAUUGAGAAACAGUCCUGGAAGUAGUAGGGGUGAAAAUAGCUUUUUAUUCUAUCCACUCUUUUUCUUUUGUUUUUUAGGAAGUCAGGUAAUGUCUUUGCCUUCGAUUUAUUUUCAUUGAGGUAAAGAUAUUUUUGAUCAUUAAAGAGACGCUUUUUUUUUUUUUUGAGAAUUCGGCAUGUACACUCCCUGAAGUUUAUAUACUCAUCCUUUUUGUUGAUGUAAAUCAAAGUUUGUGGACUGCAGAUCCUUGUUUGUUAAUCAUAUUUAUGGUGAAGAAUGAGGGGGUCCCUCUCCUUUAUAUCAUUGUCAGUUUCUCCCCAAGCCAGAAGCAGCUGUUUUAUUUAUUGAUGUUAUGUUGCUUUGGCUGUAGACCACAGAGCAAUAUGAUACAAAAAAUACUUAAAAUUCCUAUUUCUAAAUAUUGUUUUCAUGGAAAAUAUAAAGUAGAAGCUUUUUAUCUGUAUUAUAGACUUGUAUGUUGUAGUGGUUGUGAUUUAGUAUUGUGUAGUAGUAGUCUAGUAGUAUGUAGAAUUGUUUCUUUGUAUAUUGUGAGUGAUGUAAAAUCGGAGUCGUAUUCCUCCUAGGUGCCUACAUACUUCACCAGUAAAGGAGAUUCUAACUUAAAAAAGAAUUUUUUUUUUUUUUUUGUCACUGUUAUUUUCAUUUUAAGACUGGAACAAACUGGAGAUGAAUUGUCUCAUCAAACAUUGCCUUUAAAGACAAGAAAGUAAAACCUGCUAAACAACUGAAAUGGUAGUAUACUUCUUUUCUGAUGAUUGUCAAACAUAGAAGUAGGGAUGUAACGAUUACCGGUAAAAUGAUAAACCGCCUUAAAAUGUCUUAACGGUUAGUACCACCAUUUCAAAUUUUUAAUUACCGUUAAAACCGAGUUUGAUUUGAUCUCAGACUGCUCAGUGCUGAGAAGAGCAGCUGCACGCAGCCCUCCGCCUUGUUUACAACUUGUAAACAUGGCGGAGGGCAGUUCUGUCGACUGUGUUGCAGAGAUUUUUCUGCUGUCAAAGAAAACAAAGUCCGAAGUCUGGGCGUAUUUCGGCUUCUACAAAGUGUUGCGAGAGGCGGGCACGUCGUUUCCCCUCGCAGAUCACUACUCAAACCAGGAAAGUAAACCUGCUGACAUUUUUACAUCUCAAGUACUGAACAAAAUCAGCAGCAGCACCUUAUAGUGGAGAAAACGGACAAUGGGUGUGGUUCAUUUGAUUUGUUUACAUAUUUUAUGUUAUUUUAAACACCUGCACUUCACAUUUGUUUACAUGUGGUUGUAUUGAUUCAUAUAGUCGUGUUGCUCUGUUUUAUAUUUGUAAGAGUAGAUCUUUUUUGAGCACUGAAGAUUCUUACAAUUUGUAUAAUAAGGAAUGUCAUUUUAUUCUGAUUUUAUUUAUUUGUUAUUAUGUUAAUGUUUAUGCCACUGGCACAUUACACUGUACUUUGUUAUUACUAGUACUAGUGUCGAUUAGCUCUGGCUCUUUUAAGGCCUCAUCUUUAAUUUUUUAAGCCUAUCAAUCCUCUGUAUUUAAGGUUAAGGAAAAGUUCAUUCUGCGUGUUAUUUUGAUUGUUUUUUUCAAAAUAAAACUUUGUUAAACGAUUUCAGGGCGUGCAUGAGAACUUUUUAAACAUUUUGAACAUAUUUCAACAAUACCGUGAUAAUAUUGAUAACUGUGAUAAUUUUGGUCACAAUAAACGUGAUGUUUAAUUUUCCUACAUACAGUUAUGUUUUAAUCUAUUGUUUGAAUGUCUUUUUCAGAAAUGCACUUUUGGAAGCUGAAGCUAACAAAGUAGGAUGCGGUUUACCUGCAGCUCGUAAAACAGGAACUACGAUCUGUGGUCUUGUCUACAAGGUGAGUGACUUUGGGCAGGCUGCUGCAGGCAAAGUUGCCCAGACAAGCUGCAGACUAAUAUUACUACAAUAACAUUUACAAUAUUUGUCCUGUGCAGGAUGGCGUCAUCCUGGGAGCUGACACCAGAGCCACUGAGGGGAUGGUAGUGGCAGACAAGAACUGCUCCAAGAUCCACUAUAUUUCCCCCAACAUUUAGUGAGUGAUAAAUCCGUACAGUCCAACACCAUCUUUGAAGACUUGUCCUGUAUCAAGCAGUAGUCAGCUUCUUUUGCAUGAAACCGAACCUUUAUAUUCAUAUCAGUGCACUUUGUCCUUGUCCAGCUGUUGUGGAGCAGGAACAGCUGCAGACACAGAGAUGACCACUCAGAUCAUCUCGUCCAACCUGGAGCUGCACGCGCUCUCCACAGGACGGCUGCCCCGUGUGGCCACAGCCAACCGCAUGCUCAAACAGAUGCUCUUCAGGUACACUGCUCUGACCAUCAUUACACAUAAAACCAAGUAUAAAAAAAGAGAGUUGCUGUGUGCACAGAUAUGUAAAGAUGCUGGUGUGUGUGUGUGUGUUUGUUUAGGUAUCAGGGCUACAUCGGUGCGGCUCUGGUUCUUGGCGGAGUGGAUUGUAAUGGUCCUCACCUGUACAGCAUCUACCCUCACGGUUCCACCGACAAGCUGCCCUACGUCACCAUGGGUCAGUGUCACACACCUUCGCACCGCUGUGUCUGCAUGAUGAUCAUGUUUUAGUUACAGCGUCAUGUCCCUGAGGACUGUAGAAGAAGAAAGUGCAGACCCUGACCUCUUUGCAUCUAAGAGACAGUUUUCUGCAGACAGUCGCCCUGUUUGUGGAAAACUUGAGCCUAGCAUGCAUGCCGGUUCUCCCUGUAGUUUUUUAUUAAAGGGGCCGAGCUGACCAACAUCCAUUGCUGCUAAAACACUAAGUAAUGACAUUCAACUCAAACAGUCUCUCUGCAAAAAUACUGAAAUAUCCCUUCAAAGCACUUUGAGUGUUCAGAAGACAAGAAAGUGCUAUUUAAACAAAAGUCUAUUUUACCUUUGUUGUUAUUGUUUAGUGGUUCAUAAAAGUAAAAUUGGUUUGAUUCUGCCCACACUCAGUGUCUUUACGAUAUUAAAGUUCAGCAGCCAGCCCAGCUGACUUGCUCUGAUUGAAACGACUGUCUUUAAAUAAUGUCUUAACUCAACAUGAUAUUCACGUAAGUGUUUUUCUCUCCUGCAGGCUCUGGGUCUCUUGCUGCAAUGGCUGUGUUUGAGGACCGAUACAAACCUGACAUGGAGGUGAGAUCAUCAUUGUCAGGCAGUCUAAGCUGUAAACUCCUACAAUGAGUUAGGUUUGCCCAACAGGUAAAACUGAUGCCAGUGUUUAUUUGUCUCCUUGAAGGAGGACGAGGCCAAGCAGAUGGUGCGAGACGCUAUCGCCGCAGGAAUCUUUAAUGACCUGGGCUCUGGCAGCAACAUCGACCUGUGUGUGAUCACUAAAGGAAAGGUGGACUACAUCAGGCCACAUGAUGAGGCCAACAAGAAGGGCGUCAGGUGAGGACCACACCUUUUACAGCAGUUUGUCUGCAGUUAACCCCCGUCCUUUAUAGAUUCACCCACAUUAUCCUCCUAAACUCUCUAACAUAUUAAAACUGUCAUCUCAUAGAGAGAGGGGAAGCCUGUGGCACUUACGACUUUCAGACUAGCCAGUGUCAGCCAUGUUUCAUGUAGUCCAGAAAUCAUGAUGUACAUUUUUUUUUUUUUUUAAAAGCUGCUCACCAGUGUCUUGUUGUGCAAAGUCCAGGACAGUGUAUCAUGUAAUGUCAGAUCCUCAUACAGCAUGUUACAAUCAGUAUUUUAAACCACUAACCGGCUGACUUGAUGUCCUAUUGCUUGUUCUGUUGAAGAGUGAAUGAGGGGGGAGUCUCACAGCUGUGAGUACAGAAACAGAGUGAUGAUGUCAGAGUGCAGAACUAACAGCCGACACACUGAUUGAAAGCAUUUGACUAACCGGCUCUUUAAACCUCUAAGCUCUGGUGCUCUCAGUUUGAGUUUACAUCACUAACAUGUGCAUGCUGUGCUAAUAGAGACAAAACCACCUGAGUGUGUGUUACCAUAGACAUAUAUAAGAAAGGCUAGAUGAAUCGAGGCGGAGUCACCGGCGUCCAUACAUAGCGGCCAUCUUACUUCUUACAGCACAGUUGUUUCACGGCUAUUUGCGCGCAAGGGCUAACUUUUGAGUGGCUUUGGGCAAGUUGUCAAGGCUGAGACCACAAUCGAGAUUUUAAUUUCUAUAAUAAUAAUAAUUCAAUGUUUUAUAUAUAAAUGAUAUAACUGCCUUGUGUGUGUAGGCCUACGGCUAUUGCUCUACCUAUCUGCUUAAUGUUUAUUUAUGAAAAUCCAUGGAUUAAAAUUAGUCAUGAGUGUACAGAAACAUAACUAAAACUCUGAGGUUUGUUACAAACCAAACCGUUUGAAAAUCGGUUUGAAAUUAAUCAGUCUAUGGUUAUUUAAAUGCAACAUGCACCGUAUACUGUAAUGUUAUGAGUGGGCAAGCUGCUUGAAGCAAGAUGGCCACCAUGCAUUGACGUCAGUCUCCAUUGGCUAACAGCGUGCGUAAUCCAGCUAGUGUUUAUAUAUAUCUAUGUGUGUUACACUCUAAAUAUCCCCAGUUUACAUCUCCUUUGAGUAAAAUGUUUGUGUUUUCUCCUCUCUGCUGCAGAACCGGUGACUACAAGUACAAACGAGGAACCACAGGUGUGCUAACGAAGAUGGUAACCCCGCUGGCUCUGGAGGUGGUGGAGGAAACCAUACAGACAAUGGACACCUCCUAAAAAAACUACAACCUGUACCACAUGUUUCUGAUGUAACUUCCCCCUAAGUCCUGACACACAGCGUGUUUUGUUUUCCUCCAUGAUUUACAAUAAAAGUGUUGAGUUAGUCAUGUUUUGGUGUUUUUGUUUUGUGGGGGGUAAACAAAAGAAA